AUGCCAGCACAAAAGAGACAACGAGGUAGCGACGCCGCUGGAGGCUCGCAGCGAGCUGGCGGCAGUGGGCCAUCUGCUACCGUCUACCGCAAGUCUGCCAAGAAGCAACGAUCUGACCAGCAAACACCGACUCAGCCCGCCAAGAAGCCCGUACCGCAACGUACCCGGCCCAAGGACGACCCGAAACCAAAGACCAAGCACGAGUACAUUCAGGCAAAGAAGGCUGCUGCACUCAAGGAGAAGGAGGCUGCCAAUGCCGCUCGUCGUGCUGAAGAGUCUGCUGAGAAGCAACUGCGGAAGAAGCAGAUCCAGCAGCAGAAGGGCAAGGGUGUCGCGGGCAAAGGCGCUUCUCAGCAGCCGGCGACCAUUCUCAUCAAGCCACCGCAGCCAACGUCGACGUUCCGAAUCGUCGCCGGCUCCUACGAGCGCCUUCUCUACGGUCUCGAGGCGACGGUCGAGCCUUCCUCUGACAGCACCACCGCCGGGGCCGACGCAUCCUCAUCCACCAGCGCCGCCGCGUUCAACAUCUCCCUCAAACCCAUCUUCACCUUCCCGGCGCACAUCUCGUCGAUCCGCACCGUCGCCACCGCGGGCUCGGACUCCAAGUGGCUCGCCACGGGCGGCACGGACGAAAUCGUCAAAGUGUGGGACCUCCGCAAGCAACGCGAAGUCGGCCAACUGACGGGUCACGAAGGGACCAUCACCUCGCUCGUCUUUGCCUCUCGCACCUACCUGCUCACCACCAGUGCCGAUUCGCACAUCAACCUCUACCGAACAAGAGACUGGGCGCUGCUCCGAACGCUCAAGGGCCACAUUGGUCGGAUUAACAGCGCGUCCCCACAUCCGACGGGGCGGCUGGCGUUGAGUGUGGGGGCAGAUCGCACGAUCAGGAUGUGGGAUCUGAUGCGUGGUCAGGCAGCCGCGUCGACGAGGAUCGGCAUCGAGGCGGAUCUGGUCAAGUGGGAUACGAUGGGGGCCAGAUUUGUGGUGCUCGCGUAUCGUCAGGCGAUGAUCUUCGGGACGGACAUGACCAAGGUUGCAGAGCUGGAGGAGAAGAGGCGGAUCGGCGAUGUGUGCUUCUUCCGUGUGAAGGAUGGGGCGGGCAAGGAGCGAGAGUUGUUCUUUGCUGGGCUUGAGGAUGGCAUCGUCAAGGUUUUCGAUCUCGAUGCCGCGGUUACGGAGGAGGCCAAGGCUGUUGCGAGCGACAAGGAGGAGGACGAGGACGAAGAGGAGGAGGAGGAGGAAUUGGCGUCGCUCGUGGAAGUCGGCCGACUGGUCGGGCACAAGAACCGAGUGCGCUCCGUGACAGUCCUGCCCGUCUCGGUGUCCUCUGCAAAGGGCAAGCAAAGGGCGACCUCGUACGUCGCCGUCACGAUCUCGUCGGACGGCUUCAUUCGCACCUUUGACCUCAGCCCCAUCGUCAACAGCCUUUCGUCAACGGAGCGCACGCUCGCGCAAUACGCCGAGCAGGUGGUCUCGGUGGAAAGCAACGCGCAGUUUGACACGAAGGGCACUCGACUCACGUGCUUGACUGCUGUCGGUGUUGCAGGGAGCGCGAACGCGGGCGCAGAGCAGGAAGAGGAGGAUGGCGCGGACGUCAUCGGCAGCGACGAGGACGGCGAUGCGGAGCUGGAAGAGGAGAGCGAAGACGAGGAGGUCGACGUGGAAGCAGAAGAUGAGGAGCUCAAGGCGUUGGAACGCGCAUUGAAGGAAGCUCAGGAGAAAGGUCUCGAUCUGGAGGACCUGGAGGAGAUGCUCAAUGGCGAUGAGGAGAUCGAUCUGGACGACGAUGUGGACGAGGAGGACGGCAGCGAUGAGGAGGUCGAAGAGGAGGACGAGGACGAGGGCGAGCUCGAGUGA